AUGGCCAAGAACAACGACCAGAGGCCUCGUGUAACCUUCGAUGAUGGCGAUGACUGUGCUGAAAACGAUGGUCCCCAAAACUCAGCGCACUGGCAGAGUUUGAACCACAAAGAAGUCACCGAUCAAGUUUUACACAACAUGAACGACUUGAUAUCCUGCUUUCGAAAGGAAAGUGCGCAUCCGACGAAAACUACCUUGGCGGUUUGGAGUUGCGUGGCAGGGUAUUGUGAGGCACUAGCAACGCACAAAGAAAAAAGAUACUCAAUAUUCCCGAUACCGAUUGAUGCCAUUCGACGACUGGUCCAGGAAGAGUUUCAGCAGUUUUUGUCAGCCCUUCAAAUUGAUUCUUCUGACAAGAGCAGCCAUCGCGAAACUGUCCGAACAAUUUCCAAUGCCAUCUGGGCAAAGGCACGACCAAAGCCCAAUGUCCGAGAUGAGCCACAUGCGAAUUCUGUCUAUGUGUGCUUGAGAGGUGACAUUGACAAGAAGAGUCUGGAUUGCUUUGGGGCUUGCUUGGCUACGAUUGCUGGGUUACGAAUUCUGGGCAUUGAAUACUCCUAUCUUUGUCUCAGUGAGGAUCAUGCCUACGAGAGGCAUCAGCUCGAUCCUGAUGAUGUAACUUCGAUAGGCACCUGUGAAGUUGCAAUUCCAGGCAGAACCAAUCGAGACAAGGCCAAACGGGGAAAGGAUAUUGCUUCAACAUUUGAAGAUACCAAGGAUACCAAGCCUUAUCUCACUCCCGAAACUUCGUGGCUGUACAUGGCCUCGAAUCCAGUGGUAUGUGACACGGAUGCAAUGGCAUUGGUUGCGGUAAUAGGAAACAUCAACUGUACAAUUGAAGAGUCGGGACGAAAAGGAUACUUCUUUGAGAGUGGCGGUUUGUACGCCAUGAAACGAGAGAUGCUUUGGGUCUUGUACGAUCAGGGACACAUGAAGAAGUUUCCCUUUGGCCUCAUGGAACUGGGAAACUGUGAAGAGAAUCGUGGCUCACCUCGUUCCGAGGAAUGGGUUCAAGUGGAGGGUAUUGCAGAACCAAUAUUGGUCAACGAGCAGCUCUUUCACGAUGCCAUUCAAGUCAGUCGAAAUGUCUAUCACGAUGCUCAAGUCUACCCAUACUACUAUGCUGGUCACUAUCACAAGGAUGCAGGAAAGACACUGUCGGACCAAGAAAGUCGUCUUGUCGAAUCAUUAAAGAUGUAUGCCCAAGCAGCUCGAGUCACCAGCAUGUACCCUUACGAGCUCCAGCUGAACAAACAUCUAACCAAAAUUGCCAUGCUGAUCAUGGAUGAUAUUUUGACGUCGACCUUGUUCGAUGACGACGAGGGAGUACAAGACGCAAACGACAUAAACAAGAAGAACAAAAAUAAGCCAGAACCAAGAAAGUGGUUAGAGCCAUCCAAUGCUAUCCACUCUUGCAUGUGGCUGCUGAACUUUUUCGAUUCCUUGCUUUUCUGGGAAGAGAGCCAACAAGUAAAAGAGCAAGAGUAUCGGCGGCAAAAGUCCCAAGGCAGUGGUAGUAGUCGUGGUCGUGGUCGAAGUGGUGGUGGCGGCAGCAGUGUCAACCAACAGUUUGUGGAGAUUCUGGUGCCAUCGCACCCGCAUUCAAUCAGUAAACUGAUGGCCUGUUUUGAUAAACAGAUUCGUCACCAGGCCUUAACAAAGUUGCAGAAGCAGCCCUCAACGAGUUCCAUGCCAACAAAAACAGAAACAACAACAAAUGAAGGUCCAUACCAGCUGAUACUCAGAUCAAAACGAUUGCAGGCUGGCAGUCUCCUGUGCAAAGGAAUCAUGAAACCAAAGGUGACCAUACGAGAAAUGGAUUUAGCAAUCAUACUAGAGGACGAUAACACAGGUCAAGAUGAUAGCAAUGGUGGUGGUGGUGGACGACGGAGCAAGAGAGCUCGGAGGGGCUAA